CUGUAGAUACUGUCCGCUUACUUCACGACGGUUGUACCUGCCCUCCAGCUGUCCCUUUCACACUCGCCGCGAAAUUACGAAAGCGACAAUCUCCGUUUCACCUCACCACUCUGGUAUGCAAAGAUUGAUAGCUUAUAUGACCAUUCGGUUUUCAAACCGGCAAGAAAUCACGCACGGCUAACUUUUCGCCGCCUGGCGUCCUUAGGUACGGGCCUAGACUUUGUUUGUGGAUACUUAACACGAAACUAAAAUAAACUACACAAUAAUAACUUAAACUUAGAUUAAAUACAAGUGUUUUGAUAACCCAUUUAAGUUUUAACCAACUAAAUUGUAAAGUGGCUAGAGAAAGAAGUGUUUUGUAUAUUGUUUUGUGAUUUUUGUCUGUAUUUUUGAUUGGGACGGGUAGUAAAACUUGGAGACAAUGUGUUGUGUUCUUUGAAGUGUAUUUGGAUGAUGAAAGUACAGCGAUGGAGCCUAUGACAUCCGAAAACGGAGUCGUGGUCAACAAUUUGAACCAUAUCCGGAGUGAUUCUCAGACGGCUGAGAGGAGUGCUGGCUGGGAGACACACAGGGUACGCCUUAACAGGGUGCCAGGUUAUGGUUUCGGCAUCGCCGUAUCCGGUGGCCGAGACAACCCGCACUUCGCGAGUGGCGACCCGUCCAUUGCGGUAUCCGAUGUGCUGCGCGGCGGGCCCGCUGAAGAUAAACUACAAGUGAACGAUCGAAUAGUAUCAGUAAAUGGAGUUCCGCUGGAGAACGUGGAGUAUGCCCGAGCAGUGCAGGUGCUGCGGGACUCCGGGGCUGCGGUGUCGCUGGUGGUGCGGAGACGAGCGCCCGCGCCACCGCCCACAGCGCCCACUACUAUCAAACUAUCACUUACUAGGAAUGGGAAGAAAGAAGACUUCGGUAUCGUCCUGGGCUGCAAAUUAUACGUGAAAGAGCUAACAAUGCGGGCGAGAGAACAACUAAAUCAAGCUGGUCAAGGUUUAUGCGAAGGAGACGUAGUCACACGUAUUAACAAUACGCCGGUCACCGAUGUAAUGACUUUAAAAGAGGCACGGAAACUUCUGGAAUCCUGCAAAGACCGCCUCAAUCUGGUGGUCACGAGAGAACUAAUACGUGAAGAGACUGUCACCAAUGGAAACUAUCAGAAUAAUUAUAACAGUCUAGAGGCGUCGCCACUAUCUUACGGGGCGGAGUCCCUGUCGUACGGUAGCGGGCAGAAUGUGUACGUGGCGGCGCCGGUGCGGGGCGCGGAGCCGCGACGGGACUCCGACCAGCCGCCGCGUCCGCCGCCACCGCGCAGCGACGAUUACUACAGUAGCAGAAGACAGCUUUACGAAGAAGAUGGAAUGACGAAUCAGAGAAAUAAACCACCGAGCGAGCCGCGGCUGAUCAGCUUCCAGAAGGAGGGGUCGGUGGGGCUGCGGCUGUGCGGCGGCAACCGCUCCGGCGUGUUCGUGUGCGGCGUGCAGCCCGCCUCGCCCGCCGCGCUGCAGGGCCUGCAGCCCGCUGAUAAAAUACUCAAGGUGAACGAGAUGGAGAUGAAGGGCGUGACGCGCGAGGAGGCGGUGCUGUUCCUGCUGAGCCUGCAGGAGCGCAUCGACCUCAUCGUGCAGCACGCGCCUCACGAGUACAGCGCCGUCGCCAGCGGACACACGCCGGGCGACUCGUUCCACAUAAAGACGCACUUCCACUACGCGGAGGCGCGCGAGGGCGAGAUGUCGUUCCGCAGCGGGGACGUGUUCCACGUCGUGGACACGCUGCACAACGGCACCGUCGGCGCCUGGCAGGUCUACAGAAUAGGUCGCAACAACCAGGAGGUUCAGAAGGGCAUAAUCCCGAACAAGGCGCGCGCGGAGGAGCUGGCGACGGCGCAGUUCAACGCCACGAAGAAGGAGAUGUCGGGCAACGACGGCAAGAACUACUUCUUCAGGCGACGGCGCUCCACGCAUCGCAGGACUAAGAGUCUUGGCAAGGAGCACUGGGACGAGGUGGUGCUGUCGGACAGCAUCAGCAAGUUCCCGGCGUACGAGCGCGUGUCGCUGCGCGCGGCCGGCUUCGUGCGCCCCGUCAUCGUGCUCGGCGCCGCCGCAGACCUCGCGCGCGCGCGCCUGCUCGCAGACCACGCAGACUGCUUCGCCACGCCCAAAAUGGACAGUACACUGGAGGACAGCAAGAGCAAGUCCAGCGGCAUAAUCCGGCUGUCCAGCAUCCGCAGCAUCAUGGAGCGCGGCAAGCACGCGCUGCUCGACAUCACGCCCAACGCCGUCGACAGGCUCAACUACGCGCAGUUCUACCCCAUCGUCAUCUUCCUCAAGGCCGACUCCAAACACGUCAUCAAACAGCUACGAGCGGGACUGCCCAAAUCAGCGCACAAAUCAUCAAAGAAGCUUCUAGAGCAAUGCCAGCACAUGGAGCGCGUGUGGGGCCACGUGUUCACGCACACCAUCACGCUCAGCGAGGCCAACCAGACCACCUGGUUCUCCAAGCUAGUGGAGCUCAUCCAGCGGACUGACCAGCAGAAGUUCUGGGUCUCCGAGACCAAGAGGCCUGAGCCGUUGUCGGAUGACUUUUUGUUCUCAAUGUCGUCGAGUACGGAGAACAGAUUGUCGUACGCGUCCAGUCCGGAGAGUGACUUGGAAGUGAGUCCGCCUCCAGCGCCGAGAUUGGUCAAGUCGUCUUCGGACCCUUCGAUAGCGACGACACAAGAUAACCUGGACAGAGACGAUGAUAUUAACCACAUGGUCGACGCUGUCCCUCCACCUUACACGCAGGGUGGUUAUGGUGACAGCAAAUACGGUUUCUCUGCGAACGGCAACGGCACUAACAAUGGCCUGAACCACGGCCAGAGUGGACACAUGCCCAGCUCUGAGGCCCCGCCCUAUCAGUGCAGCCCUAUGACUAAUUCCCCUCCGCACUCACCUUUAUACGGAACAGUACCAGAGUUGCCGCCUCGCGGGCCGGCCGCGCGCCCGACGGGCGGGGUCCUAUUGCCCGCCCCGCCUCCCACACGCCCGCCUCACUCACUAAGAUCUAACCAACAAAGUCGUCCGAGUGCGCAGGAGCGCCUGUUCGGGGCGGGCAAGGAGGGCGCGGAGGAGGCCACGUACGGCGCGCGGCCGCUCGGCUCCCUCGACAGACAUCGACAUGCAACUAACCCGCAAAGUUCAUACGAGGGCAGUGGCUACGAGUACGGUGUGUCAGGGGGUGCGGGUGUCGGCGGUGCGGGGGGCUGCCGCCUGCCGCUACCGCCCAACGCACCAGACGACCUUAAAGUCGCACCACCAGGCAAAAUGGAGCCGCCGCCCCCGCCCAACCCCUCAGCCAUGUCAGCGCAGAGCCCGCAGCGGAACUCCAACUCACACGAACAUCCCUCGCUAGACUAUAGACCUCCGGAGAACAAUUACAGAAGCAAUGACGGCUACCGAACCAAUCGACCUGCAAACGGCGAAAGUCCGCACGCACAGCACGCCCCGCAGCAUAGUCAACUAGCGCAGCACUCGCAGCAGCACAGUCAACUAGCGCAGCACUCGCAGCAGCACAGUCAACUAGCGCAGCACGCACAGCAGCACAGUCAACUAACACCGCAGCACGGAGCACAGCACAGUCAGCUAGCGCAGCACAGUCAGAUGACUCCGCAGCACGCAGCGCAGCACAGUCAGCUUGCUGCGCAACUUCCGCAGCAUCCGCAGCUUCCGCAGCAAACGCCGCAGCACGCCCGCGGACCCUCACUGCCUAACGUACCCACUAAUGAUCACGCCAAGUACAGUGCGCGAACGAAUUCAGCGUCACAAGCGGACUACCAGCGCAGCUCGGGCCCCGCGUACAAGCCCGUGCCUCCGCCCAAGCCCAAGCACUACCGCCCGCCUGACGCCAUGCACCACAACAGAAAUGGGAGUAUGGAGCCGGCGCAGUCAAUGGGCCCUAAUGGCCAGCAGCUGCGCGGCGCCGCGCCCCCGCACUACUCGCACUCGCACUCCAUGUCGCAACCCCACCAGCAGCUGCCGCACGCGCAGCACCCGCAGCACCCACAGCACCAGCAGCUGCUGCACGCGCAGCACCAGCAGCUGCCGCAGCACUCGCAGCCCUCGCACAGACCGCACGGACAUUCCAAUUACCAGCAAGGGAUGUACGGGGGACAGGUGGGGCAGGUGGGGCAGGUGGGGCAGGUGGGUCAGGCGGGGCAGGCGGGGGCGCAGUCGCCGCCCUACGCCGGGCCGCCGCCGCACCGCGCUCUCAACCUGCCGCACAACCCGCAACUCAUCGAUCUGGCGGGUAGCCGAGAACAGCGUGGUUCAGCUUUCGAGUUGUAUAGAAAGCCGCAGCACAUGCACAAUUUAAGCUCGUCGGAUGCGAUGAACUCCAGCGCGGAGCCCGACGAAACGUUCUCGCCUAAAACUAAAAAGAAAUUGUCGAAAAAACCGUCGUUCAUUAAAAACGCGGUACUCGAUUUGUUCCGUUCGAAAACGAAAAACUCUCGCAAAGUUUCGAGACAGAAGUCGCUGUGCGAGAGUGACUUGCAGCAGAGCAACAUGGCUCAGAUGCCGAUACUAAGACGAGAGAAAUCAGACCUGUGCGAUAUGAGCGUCCAUAUGAGAAACACUCAAAUAAGAAAUCAAAUGCUACAAAGAAGCAAUUCUACCUCAUGCGAGAAACCCAUUCUCAAACCAAUUCUAAAACGACAAAGUUCAUUUUGCGACGACAGAAAUGGCUCUAUUUGUACAGUGAGAGAUUACGAGGCCAAGCCGGUCUGGAAAAGUCUAAGAAGACAGAAUUCCAUGUGCGAAAUAGAAACAGAACCGAAAGUUACCCCAUUGUUACGCAGACAGAAUUCCCUCAUAGAAUAUAAUAGAAGAGGAAUAUACGGACAGACGUCCAAUUUCAAUAUGAUUACCAAAAUAGAUCCCAUUUACCAAAGAACGCAGCAAACGAAACACGAACCAUUUUAUCCUACUCAAACCCUACCUCCAGAACCAAUCUACCAAAGCAAAGAACAUGUAUACGAUCCUAUACCUAAGCCGAGGAGAACUUAUACCUCUGUUUACGAUACCUCUAGUGAAAACCCAUAUGCAAGUAGAUCGGAAGUUUCCAAUCAAAGUUUUGAAAGUCCUUACGGCAACCGUGAAACUGUUGCGAUGCCUAUUAUUGAAUCACCGUAUGCGUCCAGAACUGAAUGCAUCCGUGACAAUCCAUACGCCACGAGGAGCGAAUUAGAAUCUCCUUAUGGUACUAAACAAGAUGUUACAAAACAAUCUGAUUCAUUUUACAGCGAGUCUCCGUAUUCUAGCAAAGAACAAAUGUUAAAAUCUAGAUUACCAUCUGAAAACCCUUACACUACUAAAGAAGAAAUGUUAAGGCAAAGAUUCUCAGAAUCUCCUUAUAAUACUAAAGAAGAAAUGCUUAAACAAAGACUAGAAGGUUCUUUUACUAAAGAGGCUAUAUAUGGCAAAAGAACUUACGAACCUCCCCCGAGCACUUCUUGGUCAGAAAAUUCUUACAGUAUUAGACCAGAUAGGAGGUUACAGACCCCCGUUAAUUAUCCCGGCCGCAUAUCACCUAUGAGUAAAUGUAUGAGCGAACCUCCGUACGCCACUAGAACAGAGAUGAUGGCAAGGAUUGGUCAAACUGAGUCACCGUACGCAUCACGAGCCGAAGUUAAAUCGAGCUGCUCCGAUAGUAACUAUGGAAGUCGACAGGAAAUGUGUGAUACAAUACGACCCGCAUCAGCAGAAUGCACGUAUGUGUCAAAACAAGAAAUUUUAACUCAAAAAGCAGCCUUUCUUGCUAGCAAAGAAUCCAAUUACGGAUCGAAAUUAGAAGAGAAACUUGAAAUAAUAAAACAGAGAAACCAAGCUAAGAAAGACAUGAUUUACCAAACCCGUAAAGAGGCAAACGAAAGUGAUGCUAUGAAAGUGAGGGAGCCCUUGUACGUUUCUAAAAGAGAAUUAAAAGAUACUGUUAUUUACGAAUCUCACAACGAGGCCAAAGAUAUUGCACCGUCGCCAGCGAUAUCCCAGGGGAGCAGCACUAGAAGCAGCCCAUAUGAACUAAGCGAUGCAAACCAUCUGUCGCGUCGGGAACCCUUGUACCAAACAAAGACGGAGGUUCAAAUUUCUAAAGAUACUGAGGCAUUCCAAGAGAUCGACUUUUCAAAAUUAAGACUAACCGAGUCAAAAACGGAUGCUGAAAAGGAAAAAUCGAAAGCAGAAAACAUUUUAAAAGGGGAACCGACAUACACUCCUAGAUUGCACGGCAAGGACGAACAUAUUUCUAAUGCUUUAAAAGCUACAUCUUCACCGAUUCCAUAUGAAUCUACUACCUCUAUGGAGACACAAUAUGCAUCUGAAUGCAGUAUGAACUUUGAAAACAAACCACAAAGCACGCCAUAUACAUCGCAAGAUCUGCAAGAAAAGGCAAAAUCAAACAGAACUGUAACAUUUUGUGAAAGAAUCGCCGAGAAAAGUGCAGAAAAUAGUCAGGACACUUCCGAAAAUAUGUCGUCAAGUAGGAAUGAAACUACGAUAAUUAACAAUGAGAACACUGUAGUACAAGCGUCAGUACCAGAAGUCAAUGAGUCGGGAAAUAAAUCAGGCGAAGUUGAACCAGACGGUCCUCAUACAACUUGGGGUAUAUUCGAUAGUGAAGGAGGUGUGUUAGAAGACAGACAAUGGGGCGUAUCUCUGAUAAUACCCCCAAAAGCGAUAGCUCCAGGCAUCAAGCAAAAGAUCUACUUUACGGUGUCAGAUCCGCGACUGAGCCAGCGCGUGGGGGGACCUCCCAUCGAUAUGGAUAACGGUGAAGCAAUGCUAUCCCCGCUAGUGAUGUGCGGGCCUCAAGGACUCGUGUUCCUAAGGCCCGUAACACUCCGGCUGCCGCACUGCGCCAACGCAGUACCUUCAUUGGGCCUUACCAUCAAGGCCACUGACACCGAGGCACAUCUCAGCACCGACUGGGACCAAAUACACCUCCCUGCUACAACCACCUUAAACACAGUUGCCGUUAAAGUCGACCAUUUCUAAUACUUAAGUCUUCGUUUCUUAUGGUUUUUAUUAUGGUAACACUAUUUAAAACUUUACUUUGUUAUUACUUCUUGACA